AUGGGCGGACCAACCAUCAACUGGAAACCUGGAAGGAUUGACUGUGCAGAUGAUCAAAAGGUUCCUCAAAAUGGACGACUUCCAGUAGCAACGCUCAAUGCAGACCAUAUCAGAGAGGUAUUCCAGGUGAGACUAGGGUUCAACGAUCAGGAAACAGUUGCGUUGAUUGGAGGUGGCCAUAGUCUAGGAAGAACCCAUGCUAAAUACAGCGGUUUCAAUGGGAAGUGGACCGAUAAUCCAAUCAGGUUCGAUAAUGAAAUGUUUGCGGUUUUGCUAAACGAGGUCUGGACAACAACAGAGGUCCCUGAGACAGGCAGGAUUCAAUACAUGAAUGAGGACCGCGCUUUAAUGAUGCUCAACACCGACAUCGAGCUGUUGAAUGACCCGGAGUUUGUCCAAUGGGUCAGAAUCUAUGCGCAAGACCAACAGAAAUUCUUCGAUGAUUUUGCUCUGGCUUUCGGCAAGUUACUGGAACUGGGAGUCAACAGGGAUGAGGAUGGAGUAGCUAGAAACAAAGUUUAG